UGCCAUGUUGGCGGAAGCGGUGUCUCCCCGACCGUGGAAAUUGAUCGUGGCUGCAGCAGCCGUGUCCGUGGGCGCCGCCUCCUGCUUCUUGUCCUCGCUCGGAUCUGGGCGCUGAGAGGCGGCGGCCGGCGCGAUGGAGAGAAGCCGGAUGAGCCUGCCCACGGGGCCGGACACGCUCUGCUUCGACAAGGACGAGUUCAUGAAGGAAGACUUCGACGUCGAUCACUUUGUGUCCGACUGUCGGAAGCGCGUCCAGCUGGAGGAGCUGAGGGAUGACCUGGAACUCUACUACAAGCUGCUGAAGACCGCCAUGGUCGAGCUCAUCAACAAGGACUACGCGGACUUCGUCAACCUCUCCACAAACCUGGUUGGCAUGGACAAAGUCCUCAACCAGCUCUCGGUGCCUUUGGGACAGUUACGAGAAGAAGUCCUGAGUCUCAGGUCAUCUGUCAGUGAAGGAAUUCGGGCAGUAGAUGAACGAAUGUCUAAACAAGAGGACAUUAGGGGAAAAAAGAUGUGUGUGUUGAGGCUUAUACAAGUUAUUCGAUCGGUUGAGAAAAUUGAAAAGAUCUUAAAUUCCCAGAGUUCUAAAGAAACAUCCGCACUGGAAGGACACAGCCCACUUCUGACGGGACAGAUUUUGGAGAGAAUCGCCACAGAAUUUAACCAGUUACAGUUUCAUGCUGUUCAAAGCAAAGGCAUGCCUCUUCUGGACAAAGUAAGACCACGGAUCGCGGGCAUCACGGCCAUGCUGCAGCAGUCGCUGGAGGGCCUCCUGCUCCAAGGGCUUCAGACGGCGGAUGUCGACAUCGUCCGGCACUGCCUGCGGACGUACGCCACCAUCGACAAGACCCGCGACGCAGAGGCCCUCGUCGGUCAAGUUCUGGUGAAGCCGUACAUGGACCAGGUGAUUAUAGAGCAGGUGGUUGAGUCACAUCCAAAUGGCCUGCAGAUCAUGUACAACAAGCUCCUGGAGUUUGUCCCUCACCAUUGCCGCCUUCUGCGGGAAGUCACAGGAGGGGCCAUCUCAAGCGAGAAAGGCAAUACUGUUCCCGGAUAUGAUUUUUUGGUGAAUUCGGUCUGGCCGGAAAUAGUACGAGGAUUAGAGGAGAACCUGCCCUCACUCUUUAACCCCGGGGAUCCCAAUGCAUUUCACGAGAAAUACACCAUCAGCAUGGGCUUUGUGAGGGCAUUUGAACGGCAGUGCGGAUCCCAGGCCAGCGUGAGAAGACUGCGAGCGCAUCCUGCCUAUCACAGCUUCAACAAUAAGUGGAACUUGCCUGUUUAUUUUCAAAUACGGUUCAGAGAGAUCGCGGGAUCCUUAGAGGCAGCUCUGACAGAUGCCCUGGAAGACGCUCCAGCGGGGAGCGCCUACUGCCUGCUGGCGUCUCACAGGACGUGGAGCUGCCUGCAGAAGUGCUGGUCGGAGGAGCUGUUCCUGCCGGCGCUGGCGCAUCGGCUGUGGAGGCUCACGCUGCAGGUGUUGGCGCGAUACUCCGUGUUCGUCAACGAGCUUCUGCUCAGGCCCAUCUCGAAUGAGAGCGCCAAGGACGUUCGGAAACCUCUGGGAACUGCUAGCAAAGAUGCUCCCGCUGCCCCGGGAAACAGCGAGGACCCGGGCAGCGGUCCUUCCGAGGCGAAGCCCGUGGCUUCCAUCUCCAGCACGCAGCUCGUGCACGCGGCCGCCGACCUGGCCCGGCUGCAGGAGCAGCUUCCAGAACUCUUGGAAAUAAUCGAGCCCAAACUCGAGAGGAUUGGCUUUAAGAAUUUUUCUUCUAUCUCAGCCGCCCUGGAGGACUCGCGGCUGUCCCUGGCGGCCUGCGCGCCCGCCCUCAGUGCCAGGAUCGUCCAGGACCUGAGCGAGUCCUGCUUCGGUUCCCUGAAGAGCGCCCUGGAGGUGCCCCGGCUGUACCGAAGGACCAACAAGGAGGUGCCCACGACAGCCUCCUCUUACGUGGACAGCGCUCUGAGGCCGUGCUACCAACUGCGGAGCGGGCACAAGGACAAGCUCAGGCCCGAGCUGAUCCAGCAGUGGCUGGAGGGCGCGCUGUCCGAGAGCACCCACAGGUUCUAUGAGACCGUGUCCGACGUCCUGCACUCCGUCAAGAAGAUGGAGGAGAGCCUGAAGAGGCUCAAACAAGCCCGGAAAUCCUCCCCCGCCAACCCCAGCGGGUCCAGCGGCGGCGGCAUGAGCGACGACGACAAAAUCCGGCUGCAGCUGGCCUUGGACGUGGAGUACUUAGGGGACCAGAUACAGAAGCUGGGCCUGCACACCGAGGACAUCAGAAGCUUCCCGGCCCUCGCAGAGCUGGUGGCUGCCGCCAGGGACCAGGCCACCGCCAGGGACCAGGCCACCGCCAAGGACCAGGCGACCGCCAAGGACCAGGCCACCGUGGAGCAGCCGUAGGCACCGGGGCCCCGGGAGCGGAGAGCUGGGCCUGGAGCCGAAGGAGCUGGACGCACCGAGGACAGGGCUCUGCUCUCUCCCCAGCCUCAGCCUCAGCCUCAGCCCCGCCCCCCAGCCAAGCGCUUCCCGGGCCCAGCACCCGCCCAGCACAUCUGGGUCCUCCUUCGCCCAGAAAGAACACUAACGCCUUUUCCGUUGUAGGAAGAUCGUUUUUAAGACAUUGGACACUUUCUACUAUAGUUUACAGAGCAGAUCAUUUUAUUUUUAUUGUAAAUCUUGGUGAGGAAGAGCUGAUUUCUAAACUACAAUGGGAGUGAAUGUAUAUGUGCGACUCUAGGAGGGUUCUCCCUGGCCCUGCGCCGGCGGCCUGCGGGCAGCCUCGGAGUGAGCGCACGGACGCGCCUGCUCCCGGGCGCACGGCCUCGGCUCUGCGAGCGGCGGAAGAUGCUGGUCCUUCUCCCACCAGGUGCUGGGAACGUGCUGCUCGUCAUGCUCUUCCCCGCCCUCUGUCAGGAGCCAGAGCCCUCGGGGGAUUUAUUUUCUAAAUAAAAGAAGUGUCUGCCAAGAGCGCGGCUUUCCUCUGUGA